AUGGGGGAACUUAAGAAGUUGGGCAACGAUGCUUACAGUAAACAGGAGAUUUUGUUCGCGAUAUCAUACUUCUCGAUGGCACUGCAAUGUUAUGAUCAACAUGCAGACAUGAGCACACUACAAUCUGCAACCAAAGAGGAUGCCAAAGCCGCUAAGAUCUCGGCCUCUCUCAUUGCAUCCAAUCUAUCGAUGUCAUUCGCCAAACAACUAUACAUUCCCGAGUCGGCCACCACAGCUCAGAUGGCCAUCGACUUUGACCCGACCAACGUCAAGGCCUACAUCCGAUCGGCCAAUGCCCUGGUGCAGUUGGGCAAGACCGAGCAGGCCAUUACACACCUCCAGCAAGGAUCGAAACAAACAACCACCGACAAGAACAAAGAAAUGAAGACACAGAUCAAGACGAUGAUUGAUGAGCUUCAGGAACAACAGAAGAGGAUACAGUCCAACAAGACAUACAUCGAGGCCAAGAUCGCCAAGGACAAGGCAUUUGCCAACUUCCCCAUCAGGAUGGUCUGGGAUGGCAUUGGACGACAUGGUGGCAGGAGGAUGGUUGCAUCCAAAGACAUACCCAAGGGCACUGUUCUGCUGAGAGUGGCUCCAUUCGCUGUGGCAGUCAAUCAAGAUAAGAUGGCCUCCUAUUGCUCGUACUGCUUGGAUAGCACACCAAAAUCGUUUGACAUUACAACAUGCGAAAGUUGUAAAUGCACAAUGUGCGAAGAAUGCCAACAAGACAAAGUAGUCAAACAAAUGCAUACGAAUGAAUGCAUGGUCAUUAGCUCCACCAACAACAAGUUCAGGAGCACCAAUACUCGUCUAAUCAUCCGUUGUGUGCUUCGUGCCAUUCAGAACCUGGAUGGCAAGGCCAACAAACAGAAUACACUGGAGCAAUGGCGCAAAGAUGGCAAACCAUUCAUAUAUGACACGCUGCAAGAUGUGGACAAGCUUUGCCACACAGCCUCCAUGACUGACAAGAAGGAGGAGCCUGGCAAGCCAUUGGCCAACGAGAUCACCUCAAUAUUUGAUAUGGUGAAGGGCAAAUCAUUCCUCAACCGACUGGAUAAGCAGAAGUUCAUCCUGAACACAGUGUCCAGGCUACAUCCCAACACCAAGGUAUUACAUGACCUUAUCGAAUGUUGUCCUAUAGCUAUUGGCAUCUUCCCAAGCUCGUCGCUUAUCAACAACUCCUGUCUGGCCAACACCAACUCAUACAUGGACAACUAUGGCAUGUAUGUCUAUCGCAGCAAUCAGGACAUCAAGGCUGGCGAUGAGAUCACCUCCAACUACAUGGAUCCACAAUUCUCCAAAACAGUCAGACAUCAAACAUUCUUGAAGGAGUUUGACUUUUAUUGCACUUGCGAUCGGUGCAAUGCGUACGAGGACAACGAGUACCAAUGUCCCAAGUGUGGCCUGGCGCUGGGCAGCAGGAAUCUCUUUACUUGGGAGCCUCAACCAAAUAUCGACUUUGAUGGACAGGUAUAUCAGUGCGACAGGGGUCACACAACAAUGGCGACAGUAUUCGACAUUAUCGAGAAGAUCUCGCCUCGAUCAGAACAGUUCAUUCAUCAGUACUUCCAGCCACACAGUUGUCUACAGAUAACAUACCUCCAAGAACAGGUAUCGUCUCUGUCAUCACUUGGACCCUGCUACCAGUCUGCUGGUGAUGUCGUCAAACAACUGUUGGAGUGCUACAAGAAAGCCCUUGGUGAAACGGCCGCAAACAUCAUCCCCUUCCACUUCGUAUCGUGCUACACACUCUUGCACAAGGCAAUGAAACACACUGAGAAUCGACAGGGAAUGAGAUCAGUGUACGAGGUUCUACGUUCGCAUCUGGAAGAAAACAUCGGUCUGUCAACUCAUUACGACAAACCACGCUUCGGUGCCGAGUAUGAUCCCCAUAUGGACAUUUUCAAGGACUUGAUUAUGAACAUGAUGAUGAAGAGUCAUCAUCUUCACGACAAUGACGAAUACUACGACGAGGACGAUGAAGACUAUUAUGACGAUGAAGAUGAAGAUGACGAAGACGAUGAUGAUGAGGAUGAGUAUGAAGAUGAAGAUGACGAAUACUCCGACGAUGACGAAGACGAUGAUGAAGAUGAUGACGAAGAUUAUGAUGACGAUGAAGAUGAUGAUGAUUAUGAUGAUGAUUAUGAUCUCACCAUUGAAGAAGUUUGCGAUGCUAUUGGGCAACACAGAUAA